UUUCUUUUCAGUAAGAAAAAAGCUCCAAAAUUGUGUCACUUUUGACAGCUGCUGGCCAGUUUGACAUUUCUAGUUAUUUCACCACGAAUUUUGCAUUUUAUUCCGUAACCAAAAGUAUUAUAAGCGAAAGAAUGCCGGCCAAAAGGAGAACUGCGAAGUCCAUAGCAUCGAGUGGUAAUUCGGAUGACGGCAGCGAUGAAUAUCGUCAGAAGAGGAUGCGAAAUAAUGAAGCAGUCAAAAAGUCACGAGAAAAAACCAACAAAACAGCUACCGAGCGCAAGCAACGUGUGGAAGCAUUAAAAACAGAGAACAUUCGCCUUGAGACGCAAAUCAAAGAAACAGAAAAAAAUAUCGAGACACUCAAGAGUUUGCUUUUAUCAAAUGCUAAAAAUACCAUGGAGAAGGAGAAGCUGAUUGAGGAGAUCCUUGCGGAAACGAGUGAUAGCGAAUAAAAUUGUGCUCUCAUUAGGACCAGAGAAGUUGUUUUUUAGGAAUAAGCAUUGAAUGUUAUAUUUAAGUUUUUUAUAUUAGAAUAAGAGUAUCGUUAAAAACAAAUAUAAAUAUAGUAC